UCCUCUUUUGUCAUUCCUUGAGUUGAGAGCAAACUAAGUGUUUUCAGAACAAAGGUACGGCACACGAAAAUAACUACUACUUUGAACCUCAAAUACUUGUAUUUGUUUGUUCCUGUUGAGCGGGGACCCAAGGAACCGUUGAGGUUAUCGAAAGGAAACUGUACUGUAAAUGAAGAAUGGUGGCUUGUAAGGACAUCUAUUGUGACUUCAUUGGCCGUUGGGUUUGAAGUAAAGAAGACAACACCAGCUUAUGCUUUAGCAAUGCUAAAGUGACGCCAGCGUUGUAUCUAGAAGUGCUCAAGACCUUUAAGUUCUGUAACCAUCUAGUGCUACAUUCAAAAACUCAACAUAAAUUCCAGCGACGCUGACCAUGAGGGCGGAGAAUUUAUUAAUGGCAUUGCAAUGCCUGUUGGGAUUUGUGCACUAUAGUGGAGCUUUGUCAACAUGCAGUCCUUUAGACCUGGAACUAAUAAAGAGAAAGCGCAUCGAAGCCAUUCGAGGACAGAUUCUCAGCAAGCUACGACUGUCUAAGGAACCAGAAGUAGAUGAGGAAGAGGUGAUAGACAACAUCCCAGCAGAGCUCAUCUCGGUGUAUAACAGCACCAUGGAACUAAAUGAGGAGCAGGCAGCGACUCCUGUACACCAACCUAUAGAAGAUCCUAUGGAGGAGGAAUACUAUGCUAAGGAAGUUCACAAGUUCACCAUGAAACCGGUGGAUGAAAACCUGGAAAAGCUCUUAUGGUUCAACAUCACAGAUAUAAGCCACAAAUUGGGUUUAAACCACACAGUCUCCCAGGUGGAGCUCCGUAUGCAAAUCAGGGAUGCUUCAAUGGCUCCUGAUUCAGAGCAGAGACUGGAGCUGUAUCAGAUCACUGGGAACAAAUCUCGGUACUUGGAAUCACGUUUCAUUUCCAUCCAAAUGAUUGGCAAGUGGCUGACGUUUGAUGUCACACAGACCUUGAAGGACUGGCUGCAGAGGAAUGAGGCAGAGCAAGGAUUUCAAUUGAAGUUGGCUGAUAAUUGUGAGCCUCAGAAGACAUUUCCAUUGAGAAUAAAAGGUUUGGCUCGUGCAAGAGGUGAUAAAGGCACCUUAGCAGAAAAUAUGCCAAGGCCUCACAUGUUGGUAAUGUCACUUCCUCUUGACGGCCACAGCUCAUUAAAAUCUCGCAGAAAACGUCAAACGGAAACAGAUCGAGUUUGUACCGAUAAGUCUGAGGGCUGCUGUGUGAGGAGUCUGUACAUUGACUUCCGCAAAGACCUGGGCUGGAAGUGGAUACAUGAACCUUCUGGUUAUUAUGCCAACUAUUGCACUGGCUCUUGCUCUUUCGUCUGGACUUCAGAAAACAAGUACUCACAGGUUCUUGCGCUGUAUAGGCAUCACAAUCCUGGUGCAUCUGCUCAACCCUGCUGUGUACCGCAGGUUCUAGACCCACUGCCCAUCCUUUACUAUGUGGGCCGCCAACAUAAGGUAGAACAGCUGUCAAACAUGAUUGUGAAGACCUGCAAGUGUUGCUGAAAGUGCUAUCUCUGUUUGGUCCUGAUGAGCAAAAUCAAGAGAGGAACAUCUUGAGGCAAUUGUAGCCCAGUAUUUUUUGAGGGGAACUAUUUUAUUCCUUUUCAUUUUACUUGACUCCACUGUACCACACUUAGAUGUAUUGAUUGUUUUAUACUGUUGUACAUUUAUGUUGUGAAUAACACUCUACAUAUGCUGUACAUGUUGUCAUAAAAGUGGUCAUAUUCAUUGUUUGAUAUAAAGGUGCCCAAAGUGUUUACUAUUAUUUAGCAGAAAAUCAAAUUGUGACUUAAAACGUUCAUCACAGUUCAGGUGUAGAUUAUUCGGUCUCUUUUGUCAGAAACAACUGAAAAAAAAAAUUGCAUAUAAAAACUAUUGGACAUAUGUUUACUGUACAGAAUGUAUUUAGUGGAAUAUGAUAAUUGUCUGUUGAUAUCUGUACUUCUAGGUCAACAAGCAUUGCUUACUUCCUUGUUUUUAAAUACGUGCUUGAAAAUAAUUUUAAAUUAUUUUUUUGUAAUUAAUCCAUCUGAAAACACAGAAUACACUGUUUUAAUACCAUGAUGUAUUAGCUCCAGAAUUAAGCACUGUUGCUACAAUGUAGUUCAGAUUUUUGCAAGUCGGUUGUGUUGGUGUAAUUUUAUUGCUGUAUACUGUAUUUGUGAUCACCACUGAAUGCUUUUAGUGCAUGCUGUUGUGCUGUUUUCCCCAGAAUCCACAUUUGCAACAGGUGUUCAGGAAAGACAAUUUCCUGCCAGCUAUUUUGUUGUGGCUCCAGAGCUGGCAAGGCUUUUUCUUGUUUGUUUUUUAUAAAGGAAGUGAAUUAAAAGUUUAUACACAGCA